CCCGUAUACCACUCAUUCAUAUGCAUAUAUUUAAAUGAAAUCGAAAUUAGUUCGCAUUGUGUCGUAGAUAUAUCGCUAAGCCAGCGGAAACUCUUAUCACUUACGCAAAAGUUAACUUCAGCAGGUUGAAAAGUGUGAGUGCGGUAUGCCAGACGUUAGGAUCGCACAAUUCGAAAGCUGUCACAAGGAGAUGUUUGGUGACAUGAUCAUCUCAUGUCAAACUCCAACAGAAGGAAGCUUGCCGACAGAAGCCGUUUUAUCAGUGCCCUACGUGGUCACGAUAAAACGUCGUCAUCAUAUGACCAAAAUGAGACAGACUAGCUCUAAGCGAAGUGAGAAAGAAAGAGCUAAGACACUCCUGAACGAGUUGCUGGCUGAAAUAAAUAGCAACGUUCAAAUUAGUACUACCGAUUACAAUUCCACCUCUGGAAGGUCCCAUAGAAGUUUGUGGCAGGAUGUCGGGGAUCUAGAAAGCAAAGACUUAGAAGAUUUACGAACGACAGUUACCAGCUUUCGAUGUUACGUGGAGCGCAUUGGCAACGUUCUCUUGCGGCUUCUGAAACGUCGAGAUGACCUGUUAUGCCAACAGGAUGCUUUCUGUGACGUCAUUACACGAAGACUUCUCGAAAUACAAUGUAAGUAGCAGAAAUAUACAUAAAAAGU